AAAUUAUUAAAUUUGUAUGUUGUAUGUCGACAACUUGUUUUCAUAUAACCAGGAAAGAUGGAAACGAUCCUAGAACAACAACGGCGUUAUCAUGAAGAAAGAGAAAGGUUAAUGGAUGCAAUGGUGAAAGAGAUGCUUUACAAAAAACCAGGACAUAGAGAGAGUAUAAAUUCGGAACAUCGGUUAAAAAUGUUACUCGAUCAGUACAUGGAUAGUACAUCGCACUUGCAGGAUUUGUACGAAGAUAAAGAUGGUCAAAGAAAAGAAGAAGUACAAGCACUUUCUGGACCAAACGAAUUUUCUGAAUUUUACUCAAGAUUGAAAUCUAUAAAAGAGUUCUAUCGUCGACAUCCUAAUGAAAUAAGCAUUCCAAUGUCUGUGGAAUUUGAGGAACUAGCUAAAAUGAGGGAAAAUCCAACGGAGGAGUUAUCAAAUCUUGUUGAAUUUACAGAUGAGGAGGGAUAUGGGAAAUAUCUUGAUCUCCACGAAUGUUAUGAAAAGUACAUUAAUCUCAAAGGCAUUGAAAAGAUAGAUUAUAUUAUGUAUUUAUCAACUUUUGAUCAUCUGUUUGACAUACCAAGAGAAAGGAAAAAUGCUGAAUAUCAAAAAUAUGUGGAAUCUCUGUUGGAUUAUUUAACUGAUUAUUUAAGUAGAGUUAGGCCUUUACUUGAUAUAAAUGCAGAAUUGGAAGAGGCGAACAAAGAGUUUGAAACACAAUGGGAAAACAAUACAUUUCCAGGAUGGCCAAAGGAAACUGGUAGUGCUCUGACUCACGUGGGUGCUCAUUUGGAACUUUCUGCCUUUUCUUCGUGGGAAGAGCUUGCAUCGCUUGGUUUAGACAGAUUAAAGUCUGCGUUAAUGGCCUUGGGUUUAAAAUGUGGUGGUACGUUAGAAGAGAGGGCUCAAAGACUUUUCAGUACAAAGGGGGAAGCAUCACUGGAUCCGAAUUUAUUAGCUAAGAAUAACAGAAAUAGAAAGUCUGGGAAAGGAAGAAAUUCUGAAAAGCAGAAAGAAAUUGCACAUUUGGAAGCUCAUGUUUACAAACUUGCAGAAUUGGUAUCGACCCAACGUGUAGCUACAAAAGAGAAUGUUCAAAGAAAACAAGCUAGAACAGAAGGUGAAAGAGGAGAUUCUGAUGCUGAAGCUAGUGCUAGUGAGUCUGAAGAAGAGGAUGAUAACGAAGUCCCUUAUAAUCCUAAAAACCUUCCCCUUGGUUGGGAUGGUAAACCUAUACCAUACUGGUUAUACAAAUUACAUGGCUUGAAUAUUAGUUACAAUUGUGAAAUAUGUGGAAAUUUCACAUACAAAGGACCAAAAGCUUUCCAGAGACACUUUGCAGAAUGGAGGCAUGCGCAUGGUAUGCGCUGUCUUGGUAUUCCAAAUACUGCACAUUUUGCUAAUGUAACACAAAUAGAAGAUGCCUUAGCCCUAUGGGAAAAAUUGAAAGCUCAGAAACAAGCGGAACGUUGGCAGCCAGAGCAAGAAGAAGAAUUUGAAGAUUCUCUUGGAAAUGUUGUUAAUCGUAAAACAUAUGAAGAUUUAAAAAGACAAGGUCUUUUAUAACAAUAUUUCAGCACAUUAGAAUAUCCCAUACAUCUCAAUUGUUUAUUUAUUAUAUGUCUAUUAUAAUCCAUAGUAAUAUCAUUUGUAAUAUUAUGUAUAUUAAAAUCAAUUUAAUAAAUAUCUUUAUAAGAA